UUUAAAAGGGCGUGUUUACUAGAAUGCAGGCACACGGGGCUGAGCUUCAGGUGAAGGCGGCUGCACGCAACGCUGCUGCGCCGAAGUCUUAUGAUUUAUUUUUUACAUCAAUACUGAAGCUUUCUGCAUUCACACAACCGGACACCGUUUGUUUAAAGGGAUAUCUAUGCUGGCUUCCAUCCUUAUUAGAAAAACCUGCCCGAUUUCAAAGGCCGUUAUAUUCGCUCGAGCGCAGCGGGUCCAAUGAUGUCUUACAUGUGUGUGACUGUGAGCCUCAGGUGGACUCUACAGACACCAAUCUGAUAAAAAACUGAGCUCAAACUGUUAAAUAUCUCGGAGAGAUCGGACACUGGACCACUGAAACUGAACGCGAUAAGAAUUACGUUAUAUAAAACGGCACCUUGCAAACCUGGAGGAGUGAUACCGUAAAUCCUCCAAAUGGACGGAGACGGAGAAAAGAAAAAGCAUUUAUUUUCACUUUGAACUAUUGUUGGUUUUCUCCUUCAGCCCUCAAGUCUAUGGACAGCUCAGCAUUGCUGUCUUCUGAGAUAAAGAUCUUGAGAUUCAUACUCAACAGAGGAAACGCUUAUAAAGAAUGGAUACGAUUGGGUUUCCCGACUUUUUUGAUGAUGAUAACCAUUGGGAUCACACGUCUCGUGGUGUUUACUUUAUCAGAUGAGUCCUGUUUCAGACCGUAACAUUUUUUUAAUUGUUUUGUGAGACCUGAGGAAGAACUAUAAUGCAGAACUCAAACAACAGGAAGCUGUCUCUAUGCCAGACCCUCAUCCUCAUAACAGUGCUGCUGAGUCCAGGUUGUCUGUCAUCUAAGCAUUUCCAGUCAUCCAGGAAAGCAGAGGUGGGAGGUGAGGGAACACAGAUGCAAAGCCAACUGCACUUCAUAAAUGAAUGGGCCUCAUGGGGCGGCUGGUCCGUGUGUUCACGCUCCUGUGGGGGCGGAGCCUCUGUCCGUACGCGCACGUGCAUCACCAGAAAUCUGGUUGGAGGGCCGUGUCCAGGAGACACACGGCAAUACAAGAUUUGCAACACAAAGGAGUGUGAUGUUGGCUCUGUGGACUUUAGAGAACUACAGUGUAAAGCUUUCAAUGACAGACCGCUGGUUGCUGGCAACAGGUACCACUGGAUGACCUUUCAUGGAGGUUCAGACCCCUGUGAGCUCAGCUGCCUGGCCAUUGGACACAACUUCUACUUCAACUUUGGGCGGGUACUCGAUGGCACUCCUUGCCAAUCAGAACAGGGGACUGUCUGUGUGAACGGAAAAUGUCUGAAGCCAGGAUGUGAUUUGAUCUUUGGGUCACAGCAGCGGGAGGAUGCCUGCAUGUUGUGCGGAGGCCACAACUCAACAUGCCUUCAUCAUCGAAAUGUCUACCAUUCCAACGGGCAGAAUAAUGCAGGACUGUUUGGGUACAGCGAGGUCACUAUGAUCCCGUCCGGAGCAACACACAUCAAAGUGACUGAUAACAGCAAUAACUAUCUAGCGCUUCAAAAUGGCCGCUCUCAGUUUGUGAUCAAUGGGAAUUGGAAGAUAAGUGUUCCAGGAGAAUACAGCGUGGCAGGUACCAAACUGCUUUAUCGACGCUCGGCUGAUACCUGGGAGAGUUUUGAAGUUUCAGGGCCUACGCAGGAGGAUCUGCACAUUAUGGUCUUGUCCACUGAUAAAAACUCUGGGAUUGAAUAUGAGUACUGGCUUCCACCAGACAGCUAUGCGUUGCAUCAUGGGAGAAGUCAACUUAGACAGCCUCAACACACAGACAACUAUCUCCCCUUUGAACCUUCAACCAUCAGCACCACCACCACAACAACAACAACUACAACACUUCAGCCAGCCGUGAAACCUCCUUUCUGGGGUCCUGCUGGUAGCUGGCCUUUUCAACAUCCAUAUCAGCAGCAACCAGUUUCUCGGCUGGAAAGAGAAGAAAACCGCAGGAACCGCUUGCCUGAGAUACAUCGUAAAGGCCAUUGUGGGAAAUGCCGAAGGGUACGAGGAAAAGGGGAGCGCCAUAGACAGUAUUGCCAAAAAGAUUUUGUCUUUAGAGCAAAGGUACUAGAAAAACUGUAUCAGGGUCAGGAGACCCGCUUCGAUGUCCAAAUCAUCCACACGUACCGGAACCGUUACCGCAUGGAGCACCGUGAGUUCCUGUGGGCACCAAACAAAUGUGACUGUCCAUAUCUGGAGGUGGGCCACCAGUACAUAUUAAUGUUGCGACGUCAUAUCAAUUACGAACGCACUCUUAAUCGCAUUCUCUUGGAAGAGGACAGCUAUGUUCAGCCUUAUCGAGCGCGUGAGGACAGCCUGCUACGCCCCCUAGAGGAGCUCUGCGGUAACAGAGGAACCAGAACUUAGCUCAGGUGGUAAACACAUGGACAAACUUUCAAAACACAUUUUUUUUUAAGUUCAUCCUAAUACAAAACAAAGCACAGACAGCAACCCUUCUCUGACACUGAUAUUAAAUCAGUGAUGUUUUACUGAAGCAAAAUGCAUUCCGGAAAAGGACAAUGGGGACAGUUUGUUGAGAUAAAUGAUGUCCAAGAGGCCAACCACAGAACAGAGAAUAACUAAAUGAAGCACUUUAACAGGACUAUUUUACCUUGCUGUAAAACAUAUACACCAAAGUAAAUAAUAUACACAGUAUUUAUGCUUUUAGCACCACAGGUUUGUUAAUCGCAAAAUCACUUGACAGUAUGUUUAUCUUUAUCAUAUCCUUUGUGCAUUUGUUGUUUUUAUAAAUAUGUGUAUUUAUAUAUUAACAAUAUUUGUAGCCUAAACCUUAUGUUUUAUAUUGUUUUAUCAUUUUAAAGGUUUUACCAUGAAUAUAUUUGCUAUGAAGUCUGA